AUGAACAAAUCUACCACAACGGCUAACAUGCAUGCCAUCCAAAAUGCGUUGGCGAAUUACGACACUUCGUUUCUUUCGGACGACGAGGAAGACUAUUGUCCGUUGUGUAUUGAAACGCUGGAUAUAACAGAUAAAAACUUCAAACCUUGUCCCUGUGGCUACCAGAUAUGUCAAUUCUGCUACAACAACAUUCGUCAAAAUCCAGAAUUGAACGGUCGGUGUCCGGCUUGUCGUCGCAAGUAUGACGAUGAAAGCGUCGAGUACAUCGUGCUAACGACGGAGGAAAUGAAACUGGAACAGGCCAAACAGGCGCGCAAGGAGAAAGACCGUAAGCUGCGCGACAAGGAACGCAAGGAACACGAGUUUGCAAACCGCAAGCACCUUGCCGGAAUGCGCGUGAUCCAAAAGAAUCUCGUGUAUGUUGUUGGGCUUAAUCCGCCAGUGGCCUACGAGGACGUGGCACCUUUGCUCAGAACCGACCGCUACUUUGGCCAAUAUGGUAAGAUCAACAAGAUCGUGGUGAAUCGGAAAACCACGCAUGGCGAGCACCAUGGAGGUCCAACCAGCCACAGCCACAGCCAUCACCAUUCAGGGUACGGCAUAUAUGUCACUUUCGCCAGAAAGGAUGAUGCUGCCCGGUGUAUUGCUGCUGUGGACGGUACCUACAUGGAUGGUCGAAUUGUCAAAGCGGCCUACGGGACCACCAAAUACUGUUCGUCAUACUUGAGAGCUCAAGGUUGUCCUAACCCUAACUGCAUGUUCUUGCAUGAACCUGGUGAAGAGGCAGACUCUUUCAACCGACGUGAACUUACAAACAAGCAGAACGAUCAUCUGCCACCUUUCAAGCAGGUUGGAAGCGUGAACGGAAAUAUGGCGAAUCAGGCUCCUCUCAAGAAUCAUGCUGCCGGGUCGUCUGCUUCACCAGUUCCUUCUCCUUUGCCCAUCAGAGCAAACCUGCACAAUAACCAAGACGAUUCUACUAGCGGUAAUCUUUCGUCCUCGUCUUCCACAUCUGCUGCCCAAACACCUGUUUUGACCCCGGCGCCAGUCCCAAGCGGGUCCAACCCUUGGGGCGUCAACCCUACCGCUAUGCCGUUGUUCUCCACACCAACUAACAAAUUCGCCACCUCGUCUGCGUUUCCCACUUUGGGAGAGGCAACAUUGGCCCAGUCAAUUGCCUCAUCGUCCGCGAACGCCCCUAACAGCAACAUUGCUACCGGCCAGAAUAAAUCUAAUAAGAAGAACGGUAGCAAUGACAAAACGUACGUGGAUCCAUACGACCCCCUGUCAAGCGCAGUGAGAUUGAUCGACGAAACGCUGAAGUCGCUAUCUGACUACAAAAAUUGUUACUUCAAGUUGAGAUCAAGUGUUGUCGAUGAUGUCACUUACAACUCAUAUCCUUCCUUGUUUUCAUUUGAGAAUAUUCCUGUAUCAGAGACGUCUGACAACACUUUGGGUCGCAAACUAGUUGACAUGCUUGCCAUUAAGCCGGUCGACCACACGCCGACUGUGAUGCCUUAUUUGCAGACCACUCAACAGCCUGGUAACUUUGUAUCGCAGCAGUUACAGCAGCAACAGCAGACACAAUUCCAACAGCAACAACAAUUACAACUAUUACAGCAACAGCAACAGCAACAGCAACAGCAGCAGCAGCAGCAGCAGCAGCAGCAGCAACAACAACAACAACAACAACAACAACAACAACAACAACAACAACAACAACAACAACAACAGGCUCAUUUACAAGGCCAGAAUUCUUCCGUGCCCAGCAUGACACCACAACUUUUGCAUGCUCAAUUGCAACAACAACAGCAAAGGAGUGUCAAUACCCCACCUCCUCCGGGAAUCUUCUCCCCAGGAAAUCCAUCAGUGGCUCAGGCCCAGGCUCCCAUCACUGGCAGUAAUUCCUCAGAUUUGCUAAACCAGCUAAUUAAUGGAAAGCGAAUCACCACGAACUAA